UAUUUAAAUUAUGAAUUAAUUUCGGAAUAUAAAAUUUCGAAAUAAUUCGGAACUUAAAAAUAAAAAAUUGAGGGUGUGAAAUCUAGUAGUGACGGUGCGAAAUCCAACCCUCUUAAAAUAGUGUGUUGCUUCAAUUGCUAGCUCAUGCCUGAAAUUUGAAAACCUAUGAACACACGGUCCCUAUCAAACAAGAAUCAAUGUCUUUCUCUCCUAAACCUGUGUCGUUCCAUCGACCAACUCCAUCAAAUCCAAGCACAGUUCCACAUCCAUGGUCACUACCACAACACAUACUUGCUCUCAGAACUCGUCUACGUUUGCUCCCUCUCUCCCUCCAAGAAUCUCACUCACGCCCGAAAACUCGUUCUUCACUCCGCCACCCCAUCACCCAUUUCAUGGAACAUCCUCAUCAGGGGCUUCGCCACAAGCGAUUCUCCCAUUGAAGCCAUCUGGGUAUUCCGGAAAAUGCGAGAACGAGGAGUUAAACCCAACAAGCUCACGUUCCCUUUUCUCCUCAAGUGCUGCGCGGUGGGUUCUGCGCUGAGAGAAGGGAAGCAGGUGCAUGCGGAUGCUGUGAAGUUUGGUUUGGACUCUGAUGUUUACGUUGGUAAUAAUCUGAUUAACUUUUAUGGUCGUUGCAAGAAAAUUCUGGAUGCGAGAAAGGUGUUUGAUGAAAUGCCUGAGAGAACCCCUGUUUCUUGGAACUCGGUUAUAACUGCUUGUGUUGAGAAUCUUUGGUUACGUGAUGGAGUUGAGUAUUUUUUGAAGAUGAGGGGUUCUGGGUUUGAGCCGGAUGAGACUAGCAUGGUGUUGAUGCUCUCUGCUUGUGCAGAGUUAGGGUACUUGAGCCUGGGAAGAUGGGUUCAUUGUCAAGUUGUUUUGAGAGGAAUGUUUUUGAGUUGUCAGUUGGGUACUGCUCUUGUUGACAUGUAUGGAAAGUCUGGAGCUUUGGGUUAUGCUAGGCUUGUUUUUGAGAGAAUGGAAAAGAGAAAUGUGUUGACUUGGAGUGCAAUGAUAUUAGGGUUAGCCCAACAUGGUUUUGCUGAGGAAGCGCUAUCUCUGUUUGAAAUGAUGAGUGAAAACCAUGAUAAUAUACGCCCAAAUUAUGUAACAUAUCUUGGAGUUCUAUGUGCCUGCAGCCAUGCUGGGAUGGUAGAUGAGGGGUACCGGUAUUUCCGUGAAAUGGAAUAUGUCCAUGGGAUCAAACCUCUGAUGGUACACUAUGGUGCAAUGGUUGAUAUCUACGGCCGUGCUGGCCUUCUUAGAGAAGCUUAUGAAUUUAUACAGAGCAUGCCUGUUAAUCCUGACCCAAUUGUGUGGAGAACAUUGCUUAGUGCAUGCAGUGUUCACGAUGCUCAUGACCGUACAGGAAUAGGGGAUAAAGUGAGGAAGGAGUUACUUCUUGUGGAACCAAGAAGGGGAGGGAAUUUAGUUAUUGUUGCUAACUUGUAUGCUGAAGCAGGGAUGUGGGAGAGAGCAGCAAAUGUGAGGAGGGUCAUGAGAGAUGGAGGGAUGAAGAAGAUGGCUGGAGAGAGUUGUGUUGAUUUAGGUGGGUCCAUGAUUAGGUUCUUCGCAGGGUAUGAUUCUCGCCCUGAUUUGAUUCCCGUUUAUCAUCUGCUAGAUGGACUGAACCUGCACUUGAAGAUGGCUAAUGAGUUGUAGUAGAAGUUGCUUUUAUUGAAUUCUACUUGGAGCUGAAUUCGAAAUUAAAAUAGGACAAUUGAUUAGGGGUAUGUUUGGAAACUCGUUGGUGCCCGUGACUCACUUUGAGGUAAAAAGUGAACGAAAUUUUUUUGUAGAUUGGAAUGAAUACGCUUUCACAUUAGCUCUAGUAUCCGAAUAGUACCCACUAGUUCUUUGACAUUUUGUAGUGUUGGUCAUUUUUAUAAACCAACAGUUUUACCAUGUAUUUGUAAUUUGUUUUCUAGGAUGUGUCAUGUUGGCACAUCCUAGUUAUGAAUAUCUGGAAAAUUCUUAUAAUCUUAAUGUUUUCAAGCAAUUAUUCUGCAUAAAUAAGAAAUUGAUUUU